GCGCCACGGCCACCACCGUAGCCGUAGUGCCCGACCGCACCGACUCCGAUGGCGGACUAACUGUCGCCGAUGAAAAUCACUUCGUGUGCGAACCCAAUGAGCACACAAUCAAGAACCUGGCAGAGCUUACGGAAGUGAACUUCGAGUACAAAGUUAAUGGGCAGAUGCAGUACAAAACAUGCUAUGCCGACCGACAGUGCACGAGGUGCGACCAGGUUUUCUUCUGCUACGAUGAUCCAGCAACUGCCCCCACUCCCCCUGG